AUGCACUCGCCAUAUGGGGCCGUCUACGGCUUUGACCGGACGCACAUCCGACGGAUGACGCUGCAGGAGUACGUGGGCGAGCGGGACGCCGGCGCCGCGCCUUCGCGGCAGGGCGACGGGGCGCGUCUCUUGAGCUCGCGGGACCCCAACGUGGAGUUCUGCACAAAGUACCCGCUGCAGGACCGCUUUGGGCGCGAGCUCUCCGUGCUCUACCAGAUCCUGGAGGCGGAGGUGCGGCAGGAGGUGCGCCGUGUGCGGCAGGGUGGCGACGGGACGCGACAGUCGGGGGUGCGGCUCAGCGCCGAGAUCCCGCUGGGCGACGACGACCCCGCGGAGGAACCCGCAGGGCCGCGGCCGCAGCACGGCAGAGGCGGCGCGUACCGCCCGACUCCGUUUGUCCACGGCUGCCUUGGCGACGCUGCCGGGGAAGGCGUCAACGACCUCACCGACGUGUCUGCCUCCUCCUGCCGGUUCUCCAGCGCGACGGCGCUGUCGCCGCGGGGCACCGGCUCCUCCUGCACCGCCGUUCGUGACGCGCGGAGGUCGACCUUUUCGAUUUAUCGCGACAGCGGGCUGAACGCCGCCGCGGGGCUGCUCCCGCCGCACGGCACAAACCCUCCACUGCCUUUGCGGCAGCAGCGACAGCCAGUGGGGGGCGAUGCGGCGCCGCCGCAGCAGCGCAGCAGCACGGCAUCUCCACCGCGCCUUGCCGAUGAUGAUGACGACGACGGCGGUGACGGCGCUGUGGGAGCGGCGCCAGCGGCGGCAGCGGAGGAAGACGGGGAGGGUGGCGGCGGUCUUUGCGUGACAAGGGUGACGCUCGACACAACGGCGGGGACGGACCCGCUGCGGUUCACCACGACGCGCCCCUCCGACCUGCGCACCACCAAGCAGCUCUUCCUCCCCGCCGGCCGGGCGACGGUGGGCGUGCGCCGCACCCUCAAGCACCCCAACCCAAUCCCGCGCCAGGUGUACGGCGUGCAGAGUGAGACGAUUUCGGCCGCCCUCGUGGCUCCCCUCGUUGCCGCCAACUUGGAAUCCUUUUGCGCUGCUGGGGAGUUCAGGCAAAUUGCGGGCGUGGCGCCGCAGCUGCGUAUUGGCACGACGGUGCUGCUGGGCGAGUGCCGCUACCGCGUGUACCGUUACCAUGCCUCCUCCGAUGUCUAUGAGGCACGUGCGGGGGAGACGCCCGACGAAGCUGCACAGGUCCUGGUGUACAGCUGGAGCGUGCACGCGGUACGGCAGGGCGAGAAUGAGGCUCACCGUGCAGCGCUUGGUUUGUCUCUCGUCGCACCCUCUGUGACCGUGGCGGGCUAUCGCUACAGCGAUGGCGGCUUGACGGUGAUCACCAUGCCGCAGGGCUACACUGCGGUGCCGCUCUCCACGGUCCCCUUGUCCGUCCGCUCCUUCCCCACCUGCGUCAAGCUUCUCCUCCGCAUGCUUUCGGAUCUCGUGGUAACGCGCACAGUCCACGCUGACUUGCGAGGGCUCAAUCGCGUCUUUUUAGCCAUUCGGCGCGGGAGCACCGCGACGGAGUUGCCAGCGACUCUCUUGGUGCCUGUUCACUGGGAGAGGCUCGUGGACUUCAGCAUGUUUGUUGACCGCAACGCCGGCCGCACAAUUCCCAUGGUGGACGACGCAAGCGGCGGCCGGAGAGGCGAGCGCCUGUACCAUGGCCAGGACGUCGCCAUGGUGACGCAGAUGCUGCUCGAAGACGAGCUUGCGGAGCAGCUGCAGCCGGAGCAGCUCACCGAGGUCCAGCGUCUCAUGAUGCUGACGACGGAGCCCACACAGGUGGCGAAUUACCUGAUCCAGCUGAAGAACAGCAUGACGGUCAUCCCAUCCGACAUGGCCGCACUUCAGCAGGAGUACGAGGUGGCGCUGGAGUGUCAAACCUAG